CUGCCGGGUUUACACGAGCCCAGCACCUGUGCCUGCCACGACGCAGACAAAAAACAGGAGAGAGACAGUGACGGCAACUGACGGUUCGCCGUCCAAAUUGACGGUUUCCGUUGCUUUCCUACCCGUAACGCUUCCCCAUGCGCCGUCAAGCCGUUUCGCUCAUUAAUUCCACGCCGCCGCCAUCCCACGGCUCCCUCUUGUUCCUCCACCACCGUGCCGUACGGACACCCCCGACCCAACCGCGGUUAGCUCAACUCUAGAGAGCGAAAAAGUAAGGUAGAGAGAGAGAGAGAGUGAGGAUACCAGAUCGGGGGGGGGGGGGAGAGAGAGGAGAGGGUAUAUAUGACGCUGAAAGGGGUUUUGGGAUUUGAUAUCGGGGGGGGGGGGGAGAGAGAGAGAGAGAGAGCGAGAGAGGCGGGUAGGAGAGGGUUUUAGCUAAGAGUGGUAUAGAGGACAGUGAGGACAAAGGAGAGAGCGGUAUUGUAACUGAAGAGCAGAGGGAGAGAGAGAGAUCAUCUUUUUCUUCCACAUACCGACGCAGGCACAGUCGUUACAGAGGCUAAAAAGUGGGAUAUAUAUGGCAAUCGGAGAUGAGUUCGCACUUUGAAUGAUUCUGUAACGGUCUUUCAUCUCGUCUGCCCACUUUUCUUCGCUGUUAUUUGGGCUUUUAUCUGUUCAUAAAUGGGGUAGCUUCGUCUCCGGGAACGGGUUGUUUAAGCUUCUGUAGCGUGCGAGCUCUCUUUCCUAAACUCGGGUUUUAAUGGCGCAUGCUGGUACUAAUUUCAGAGCUCCUCCGAUUCCUCACCCUGGGGAGCGUCCUGCAACAGGUUUGGGAAGUGAUGAUCUGUAUACGGAGCUGUGGAAAGCCUGUGCAGGUCCUCUGGUGGACGUUCCUCAGUCGGGAGAGAGAGUUUUUUACUUUCCUCAAGGCCACAUGGAACAACUGGAAGCAUCAACGAAUCAGGAGCUGAAUCAGCAAAUUCCAUUAUUCAAUCUUCCUUCUAAGAUCCUCUGUCGCGUUGUUAACAUUCACUUGCUGGCAGAACAAGAAACAGAUGAAGUGUAUGCUCAAAUUACUUUGCAACCAGAAGCAGAUCAAAGUGAGCCUACGAGUCCUGAUGAAUUGCCUCCUGAACCUCCGAAGCGAGCAGUUCGUUCAUUUUGUAAGAUUUUAACGGCAUCCGACACAAGCACCCAUGGAGGUUUCUCUGUUUUACGGAAGCAUGCUAAUGAAUGCUUGCCUCAAUUGGACAUGACCCUUGAAACCCCAACUCAGGAAUUGGCUGCUAAAGAUCUCCAUGGGUAUGAAUGGCGAUUUAAGCAUAUAUUUAGAGGCCAACCUCGGAGACAUUUACUUACAACGGGAUGGAGUACGUUUGUUACUUCCAAGAGAUUAGUUGCAAAGGAUGCCUUUGUGUUUCUGCGGGGUGACAAUGGGGAAUUACGGGUUGGGGUUCGGCGUCUUGCUCGUCAACAGAGUUCUAUGCCUUCAUCUGUGAUAUCAAGCCAGAGCAUGCAUUUAGGAGUACUUGCCACUGCAUCUCAUGCUGUCACUACCCAAACCCUAUUUGUUGUUUACUACAAGCCAAGGACAAGCCAAUUCAUUGUUAGCUUAAACAAAUACCUAGACUCUGUUAACAAUGGGAUUUCAGUUGGCAUGCGCAUCAAGAUGAGAUUUGAAGGAGAAGAAACACCUGAAAUAAGAUUCUCGGGAACUAUAGUUGGGGUUGGAGAUUCUUCUCGAGAGUGGAAAGAUUCUAAAUGGCGGUCAUUGAAGAUUCAGUGGGAUGAACCUGCAACAAUUCAAAGACCAGAGAGGGUUUCUCCGUGGGAAAUUGAACCUUUCAUGCCAUCUUCUUCGCUAAACCCGACUCAACCAUCAGUAAAGAGCAAGAGGCCCCGACCUAUUGAUCUCCCAGUCACUGAUUGGACUGCAGAAAUUUCUACAAAUUCAAUUGCUUCAGCUUUGUGGUAUCCUGGAUCCACCCAAUCCCUUGAAUUAACCCAACUGGGUAGUGCUGCUGAGGUACAAAGUGGUGAAAGCCAAGCUGUCUGGCCUCCAAAGCAGAGAGAUAUUAAUGCUAACAUCAACACUGGCAAUUGCUGUACCUCACGCCCUUGGCCAGAAGGCAUGUGGUCGCCUUCACUGCAUAUGAAUGUCUCUUUUAACCUAUUCCAGGAUUCUGUGGAAGACAACAGAACUGUAUCAACACGUUCAGUUCUUCCUGGUUAUACCUCACCUGCUUCAAGGCCUUGCAAUGACCUAAAGCAAGACCAGCUUGAGAAAGCAAAUAAAUCUGGGACUAGUUGCCGCUUGUUUGGGGUUGAAUUGAAGAACAGCUGUAUUACUGCUGCACUUUCAGAGAAGGCCAUAGCAUGUUCAACUCUCCCAACCAACAGUGCAGAAGGGCACGUGCCAUCUGCUGCAUAUGAAACUGAUGGAGCUCAAAAUUUGGAUAUUUUAAAAUAUUCUAGAGAAAAGAAACCAGUCUCCCUGGAGACAUCACUAAAGGAGAUGCAGGGCAAGCAGAGUUGCGCUACAAGAACUCGCACCAAGGUUCAAAUGCAAGGAGUAGCUGUGGGUCGUGCUGUUGACCUUUCUGUGUUGGGAGGUUACAAUGAGCUUAUAUGUGAGCUUGAGAAUAUGUUUGAGAUUAAAGGAGAGCUUUGCCCUCGUAACAAAUGGGAGGUUGUCUACACUGAUGAUGAGGGGGACAUGAUGCUUGUUGGCGAUUAUCCAUGGCUGGAGUUCUGUAAGAUGGUUAGAAAGAUCUAUAUAUAUUCCAGCGAGGAAGUGAGGAAGAUGAGUCCAAGAUCAAAGCCACCUGCAUUAUCUUUGGAUGGUGAAGGGACAGUUGUUAGCAUGGAUUGAUGAGACCUGGAACAUGCAGGUCCAAUUUCCUAUUUAUAUUUCCCCUCUUUCUUGGGUCUUUUAUGUUUAUCAGGGGUUUGAGAAGUAGAUGAGGAGGUGGUAGUGUUUGGUUUGCUCAAUUUUUUGAAGCUUGCUGUGGGAUGGUUCGAAGGGCUUGCAGUAAAUGAAUGGGUUAGGUUUUGGUGGAAGUUAGAUUUUUUGUUAAUACAAGAGGAACAUGGUCAAGUUUUAGAAUGGAAAAUUUUGUGAAUACCUUCUUGUGGGGUGUUGCGAUUUUGGACAACGGGCCUGUAAAAAAAAUAUAUUUAAGUA